AUGGCCACAUCAUCAGCGAACGACCAAGAUGGCCACCUGCAGAAGCGAUUCUCUAAAAUCACCAUGAUUGGCAUGGCUUUCGCUAUUCUCAAUACUUGGAUCUCUUUAGCUGGGUCCAUUGGUCUGGUGAUGCCCUCGGGUGGGUCGGUGUCCUUUGUAUACGGCUUCAUCUUCUGUGUCAUCUGCAACAUCGCCUUGAGUGCGAGUGUUGGAGAGCUUGCAUCGCUCUAUCCGACAGCUGGAGGACAGUAUCACUAUGCCUAUGCACUUUCGACGAAGAAGUGGAGGAAGAUGACGAGCUUCUUUGUAGGAUGGGUCAACAUCGCUGGCUGGCUUACGCUUAACACUACCGCUGCGUAUUUUGGAGCUUCGCUAAGUCUGGGUGAAGCCCGGUUCCUCGCCGCAGCCGCCGUCGCAGCCUCUGGCGGCUCCUACGAGAUCACACAGUGGAGCACCUACUUGAUGUUCGUCGCUGUGUCCAUCAUUGGAGUAUUCUUGAACAUCUUUGCGUACCCAAUUCUCAACCGCUGGAACGAAGGAGCAUUGUAUUGGUCCUUGCUCAGCGUCGUCGUGAUCAGUAUCGUUCUCCUCGCGACCUCCCCAAAGACGGAUGCCGAGUUCGUCUUUACAAAUUUCUCCAAUACCACCGGCUGGAGCGAUGGGACUGCUUGGAUGCUUGGACUUCUUCAGUCUGCUCUCAGUUUGAUUGGAUUUGAUGCUGUGGCGCACAUGGUCGAGGAGAUGCCCAGACCAUCCACAGAUGCUCCUCAGGCGAUGGUCGGUGCCGUAAUCGUUGGCGGUACGACGGGUAUCGCCUUCAUCCUCGUCAUGCUGUUCUGCGCCGUCGACAUUGACGUCUUGCUUUCCUCGCCCACGCAGAGCCCUCUGACGGAAAUGAUCUUACAAGCAACGAGGAGCAAAGCAGCUGCUACCGUUCUAAGCGUUGCAGUUGCCCUCUGUUUCGUUAACGGAGCCAACGGUUGUGUCACAUCGGGUAGUCGCUUGGUCUGGUCUAUGGCUCGAGACAACGGAACUCCAUUUUCGAAGUAG